GGCUGGUAUCCGCUCAGUGCCUGUGUGUGCGCGUUGGUGCGAGCUUCGGCUGCUACUGCUUGUCACUCACUGUGCCGCGGCGCAACCACGGGUAGCGAGAAGGACCAAAACCCCGUCCUCCUGUUAUUUUACGUCUCUGGGAAAAAAAACCAGAGCCUGGUUUCUGUUCAUCCAGAAACUCCGCGCUUGAUCUUCAAGGAGAAUAUCUGUGAGACAUUACAAUGCUUCAGAUAAGGGACAUCCUUUGGGGACUGCUGUUCACCGGCUGUGCAGCUGCUAUUCAGGUGCAAAUCACUCCGGCACAAGGAGAAAUCAGCGUCGGCGAGUCCAAAUUUUUCCUGUGUGAAGUGGUUGGAGAUGCUAAAGACAUCGACUGGUUCGCCCCUAGUGGUGAGAAGAUCCUCCCCCCUCGGCCAAACAUCUCCGUGAGUCGGAGCGACGAGUCCACGUCGAUUCUCACCAUCUACCAUGCCAAUGUGGACAAUGCCGGUAUCUACAAAUGUGUGGCAAAAAAUGGAGACAAGGAGGCCCAGGCCACAGUUCAAGUGAAGAUCUUCCAAAAGAUCACCUUCCAGAGUGCACCAAGUCGACAGGAAUUCAACGAAGGCGAUAACGCCGAUAUCGUCUGCGAUGUGGUCAGCUCGCCACCGCCCACCAUCAUUUGGAAGCACAAGGGGUCCAAACUCCAAUCUGCCAAAGAUGUGCGUUACAAGAUCAUGGAUAAUGGCCACCUGCUGAUACGUGGCAUCAAGAAGGCAGAUGAAGGAAUGUAUAAUUGUGAAGCUCGUGUUAUGGCCAGGGGAGAAAUUGACUUCCGGAUGAUAAAGGUCAUCGUUAAUGUUCUUCCCACAAUCCGCGCGAGGAAGUCUGAAGUCAAUGCCACAGCAGAUAUUGGUGAAUCUGCUUUGUUGGCCUGUGAUGCAGAUGGCUACCCUGAGCCCACUGUUACCUGGACACAUAACAAUGUUGUCCUUGAAACGGGUGACAAAUACAGCUUGAACGAGGAUGGCUCUGAAUUGGUAAUAAAGGAAGUCAAGAAGGUGGAUGAAGGAGAUUAUACUUGCAUUGCCAAGAACAAGGCCGGAGAGAAAAGCGAGGAAGUCAGCCUAAACGUGUUCGUGCUGCCCAACAUUACCUACUUCAACAACCAGACUGCCUCAGAGUUUGAUGAGGAGGUCACCCUGACCUGCGAGGCCUCAGGUGACCCCACACCCACCAUCUCCUGGAGAUUUGGAAAAAGAGUUUUCACUGAAGGAGAGCAGGCAUCUUGGACGCGACCAGACAAAUAUGAGAGCCUCGAUAGGAACGUCGUGGUGCGAAGCCAUGCACGGGUAUCCUCCCUCACCCUGAAGAACGUCCAGUUCACUUAUGCUGGUCGUUAUCUGUGCACUGCCAGCAACUCCAUCGGUGAAGUCACCCAGGAGGUGUUCCUUGAAGUUCGCUAUGCUCCAAAGAUCAUGGGUGUUGUGGCAGCAUACACAUGGGAAGGAAACCCAGUCAAUAUUUCUUGUGAGGUGACUUCCAACCCCAGAGCUUCAGUGAUUUGGUUCAGAGAUGGUACUGAGCUGCCAAGUGGUAACUCAACCAACAUAAAGAUCUUCAAUACCCCAACCAUCAGCCAUCUGGAGAUUACACCCGAGUCCCAAAAUGACUUUGGGAGCUACAACUGCACAGCAACUAAUGUGAUAGGCACAGAAUCCAAGGAAUUCCUUCUAAUUCAAGCAGAGGUGCCAUCAUCCCCUAAAAUCGAAGAAGUGCAGCCUUUCUCAAGCACAGCGGUGGUGGAGUUUGAGGAACCUAACUCAUUAGGUGGAGUGCCGAUUUUAAAGUACAGAGUGGAAUGGCGUUUGCCUGGGAAGGAAUGGUCAAGUGAGGAGUACAAAGCUGAAGAAGACAUGACCAGGAUUACCAUCGUUGGCCUGAAACCAGAGACAACCUAUGAGGUCAAGAUGUCCGCCAUCAACGGGAAAGGCGAAGGCGAGAGCAGCCGUGCCAGCACUUUCAAGACGGAGCCAGUCCAAUAUUCUCUCACAAUUGCAUCAUCGAUGCCACCUGCUAUUGCUGCCACCAGUAUGUCCUUUAAAGGGGAACCAAAUGCUCCCAUACUAGAAGUCACACCUGUAAAGAGCAGUAAUUCUGUUAAAGUCAAGUGGACCAAGCAGGAUGACGGAGGUUCACCUAUUAAACACUACCUGGUCCGAUACAAGGCUAAGCAUGUGUCUGAUUGGAAACCAGAACUGCGCCUUCCCCCUGCCAGCGAGUACAUAAUGCUGAAUGGCCUUGACUGGAAUACAGAUUAUGAGAUCCGCGUGGUGGCAGAGAAUCAACGGGGCCGAUCUGAGCCGUCCAUCACUUCCUUCAGAACAGCUACAGAGCCCACCACCAUCCCAGACACUGCAGGCAGCGGCUCAGGACUCAGCACCGGCGCCAUCGUGGGCAUCCUCAUCGUGGUCUUCUUCCUGCUGCUGGUCGGCGUGGACGUCACCUGCUACUUCCUGAACAAGUGCGGCCUCCUCAUGUGCAUCGCCGUCAACUUCUGCGGGAAGUCCGGACCCGGCGCCAAGAGCAAGGACAUGGAGGAGGGAAAGGCAGCAUUCUCGAAAGAUGAGUCUAAGGAGCCUAUUGUGGAAGUGAGAACAGAGGAAGAAAACAUCCCGAACCAAGAAGGAGGGGGUCCCACUGAGCCCAAUGAGACCACCCCACUGACAGAACCAGAACCUGCCGCUGCAGACUCCUCGAACACGGUGGUAAACUCACUCCCCUCCACUGCUGCUAACUCGGUUACCGAGAGCUUUAGCACGCUGCAGACUAACCUCUCUAGAGAAAACAUGAAGUCUUCUCCUAAAAUCACCACUGCAGCCCUUUCCAAUUCAACUAAAGCUGACCCUGAAUGCAGGGUUUGGCCCCUGGUUGACCUCAGCGACACUCCAAAAGUUGCCGCUCCCUCCAGCCCUCCUGUACUAGAUCCAGUUAGUCCAGCCUCUGCUAAUGUCGACGGGCCACAGAGCCAUUGUGAGUCAGUGAAAGCCCCCAGCAGCACCCAGAGUAAGGACUUACAAGUAGACGGCCCGAGCAAGGACACCCGCAAUGCCACAUGCCCAGACUCCACCACAUCAUCCCAAAAUGAUGGGAAGACUGUGAAGGAUGAUAACACCAAAGCCGAGAAAGAGGUGAAGAACGCCAUGGCUGAGGUGAAGACGGUUCCCAACGAGGCUCCUCAGGCGAACGGCAACGAAAGUAAAGCGUAAUCCCCCUCCCCUCCCAGGGAGCAGCGGGAAGAAGGGAAGGGGAGGGAGGAGUGGAGGGGGUGCAGGUUGGAUUGGGAGAGUUUGGGGUGAGGGCUUUACAGGUUAAAAGCGGGGGUGGUCACAGUCACUGAAACUUCAAAACAAUUUCACACACCACCCCACUGCAUUAGAAAAAAACAACAACUGAGAAGAGAAAAUACAAAAGAAAAUUGUGUGUUUUUGUGCAGAAAUAUGACCAGGAACAAUAGACCUCAUGCAAAGCCUUAGUUCCUUUUACAUCCAUUUAAAUCAGUCACUGUAAAAAAUAAACAUUCAUCCAUCCAUUUCACCCAUUUUUUCUAUGUAAUAAGCAGAUCAUCAACUGUAAUAUUUUCUCUAGAUAAACUUGGUUAAACUGUAGCUUUACUUCACACAUUUACUGCCUUUAAAAUGCACACCAAUGUAAGACAGACUCCACUACUCUUUAUGCAGUACGGUCAUUAUUGUGGUAAUGGAUUAUGGGUCUUGUUUUUUGUUUAAAUAUUGUUCUCACUGCCUAUUUAGCUGUUUUAUAAUGUCCUAUUAAGCAUGUGGGUUUUUUGCAAAGUUGUCGUAAUUCUGUAAAUUUGUAUGUGAUCGGUUUUCGUUCUUUCUGCUUCUUUCCUGCUUUCAUCUCAUCUUCAUUCUUUAAAAGUGGAAAAAUGGUUAUGAGAAAUUACACUUAGAAGUUAAUAAUGACUUUUUUUUUUGUCCUCCUAAAAAUUAUGUUCGUAUACUUUCUUGACAUGCACCAGAUUUUGUGGCUGCUUAUACCGAUUUCAGUAAGCCAAUUCCGAUUUCUGCUCAAGGACUAUAGAUAAAUGCAUUCAAACUCUUUAUUCUGUCAUUUAUUAUUUACAUUUUUAGCAGUGGCAAUGUCACACCAUAUUUAUAAGUAAGGAGCUGUUGUAAAAUGGGACUUUAGACAUUUUAAGUUAACUUUAGCUUCUUAUAUUAGGGAUUAGCAUGGGUGGCAAUAACAGCUGUAUACCACAGUAUAAGGGUUUAUAUUGUCUAGAGACCCUUACCUUUACCCAAAAAGCGGACAUUUCCAAAUUCAGCAAGUUUCUUGGCAGAGGUUGAAUGCUCGGAGGGAUAAAGCAGAGGAACUUUGCUGUAAAACCUUUAGCCUUCCUGCUACUGGCUGAAGUCUCACUCCCUGUUUAAAAGUCGCAACCAAAGGGAGCUUCUUGGACCUUUUGUGCUUAUUCUAACUGCAUUUUUAAAACCUCACUUAUUGUGCAACAGACAUCUUUGGUCCACUUUCCUCAGUCACAACUUCCAUGCUGAAGAGUGUUGUGCUGAGGGCGACACUUCUUAGCAUGGAGGUUCAUUGACAAAAUACUGAUUUUUUGAGUUUUCGAAUUUUAAUUCUGGCCAAUAGCUGAUUCUUCAGAGCAUCUUUUUUUAGUUUAUUUAGGGGUCCUUUCCUGGUAUCUUAGGAAAACAUUAUGGUGGGUUUGGUUGCCUUGCAGUGUCAUGUGCUUUCAGUGGCUUGCAUUUGCUUGCAUUUGCUCUCUAAAAGCUGAUUCUUGGGACAUCUUUUUAUACAUGAUAUUUUUUGUUGGGCACACUUUUGGAUUUUGAAAAACAUAUAUUGUUAGAAUAUACAAUGUUUUUUGCUCUUUUUCUAUGAGGCUGAAGUUUUUAUGCCAAGACCUUGAGUUAUCAGCUCUUCCAUGUUAACCUGUAUAUAAGCUAAAUUUUUAAGGGACAUUUAUGUUCUUGUUUUUUUUUUAGAUUAGAUACAUUAAGCCCCAGUUUCAUUCUUUUUAAUAGACUCCCCGUAUUAAAUUCCAGUUUUCAUACCUUAAA